AUGGCGGUCGCUGGACUCCGGAGCUGCACGGCUGUGGUGAGCGAGAUUGGCCGCAAGGGGCGCCGGAGAAGAGGUUAUUUCCGCCCUCGGUUGGAGGAGCAUAAAUGGAUGCAUGUCCAAGUGGGAGAUAUCAUCAAGCUGGAAAAUAAUCACCAUGUUAUGGCAGAUGUACUGUUACUCUCUAGCAGCGAGCCCUAUAGUCUGACAUACAUAGAAACUACAGAACUGGAUGGUGAAACCAACCUGAAAGUGAAGCAGGCCAUCUCAGUUACCAGCAACAUGGGAAAUAACCUAGAGUUACUGUCUGCCUUUGAUGGACAAGUGAUAUGUGAGCUUCCCAAUAACAAACUGGAUAGAUUCACAGGGACACUGACGUAUAAGGGGAAUACGUACCUUCUGGACCAUGACAAGUUGCUGCUCCGAGGCAGUACCAUAAGGAAUACUGAUUGGUGCUAUGGCUUGGUGAUUUAUACUGGACCAGACACCAAAUUAAUGCAAAAUAGUGGAAAAUCUACCUUUAAGCGGACCAACAUAGACAAUCUCAUGAAUGUCCUUGUGAUCUGGAUUUUCCUGUUUUUAGCCACCAUGUGUUUCAUCUUAGCAAUUGGACAUGGUAUUUGGGAAAGCAAGCAUGGUUACUACUUCCAGACUUUUCUGCCAUGGGAAAAAUAUGUCUCCUCACCAUUUGUCUCUGCCAUCCUUGUAUUCUGGUCCUACUUCAUUAUUCUCAACACUGUAGUACCCAUUUCCCUCUAUGUCAGUGUUGAGGUACUAAGAUUGGGAAACUCUUUCUUUAUCAACUGGGAUCAGAAGAUGUUUUAUGCACCGAAGAAUUCACCAGCACAGGCUCGCAGCACUACCCUCAAUGAAGAACUUGGCCAAGUCAAAUAUGUGUUCUCUGACAAAACAGGGACUCUGACGAAGAACAUCAUGAUUUUUAACAAGUGUUCUAUUAAUGGGCAAUUCUAUGGUAAUGUCUAUGACAGGAAUGGCCAGAAGGCAGACAUCUCUGAGAAAACAGAAAAAGUCGAUUUUUCCUACAACAAACUGGCUGAUCCCAAGUUCUCAUUUUAUGACAAGACUUUGGUGGAAGCAGUGAAAAAGAAAGAUCAUUACGUGCAUUUAUUUUUUCUCUCACUCUCAUUAUGCCAUACUGUAAUAUCUGAGGAGAGAGUGGAAGGUGAGCUGGUAUACCAAGCUCAGUCUCCAGAUGAAGGUGCCCUGGUCACCGCUGCCAGAAACUUUGGCUUUGUAUUCCGUUCCCGUACAUCAGACACAAUCAUAACAGUUGAAAUGGGAACUACUAAAGUCUACAAAUUGCUGGCUAUUUUGGACUUCAACAAUGUGCGCAAACGGAUGUCUGUUAUUGUUCGGACACCUGAAAAUCAGGUAAUACUGUUCUGCAAGGGUGCCGACACCAUCCUUUGUCAACUGCUUCAUCCGGCCUGUGACUCGCUCAGAGAUAUCACCAUGGACCAUUUAGAUGAUUUUGCCAGCCAAGGCCUUCGCACACUCAUGGUUGCCUAUCGAAAAUUGGAUGAUAAAUUCUUCCGGGAAUGGAGCAAGAGGCAUUCUGAAGCCUACCUAUCUUUGGAAAAUCGGCAAGAUAAAUUAUCAAUUGUCUAUGAAGAAAUCGAAAAAGACUUAAUGCUGCUAGGAGCCACAGCCAUAGAAGACAAGCUGCAGGAUGGAGUACCUGAGACAAUCCUCACCCUAAACAAGGCCAAAAUUAAAGUGUGGGUUUUAACUGGAGAUAAGCAAGAGACUGCUGUGAACAUUGCCUACUCCUGUAACAUAUUUAAUGAAGAAAUGGAUGGGGUGUUUAUCAUAGAAGGCAGUGAUAAUGAGACUGUUUGGCAAGAACUCAGGUCAGCAAGAUACUGUAUGAAACCAGAUUCACUGCUGGAAACAGAUCCAAUAACAACUUAUCUCACCACAAAUAAAAAAAAAUACCCCAGAAUACCUGAGGAGGAGCCCAAUGGCAAAUAUGGCUUGAUCAUCAAUGGCUGUAGCAUGGCCUAUGCUCUAGAAGGAAACCUGAAGUUUGAACUGCUCCGAACAGCAUGCAUGUGCAACGGAGUGAUCUGCUGCAGGAUGACACCACAUCAGAAGGCCCAGGUAGUAAACCUGGUGAAAAGGUACAAGAAGAUGGUGACACUGGCCAUCGGGGAUGGGGCCAAUGACGUCGGCAUGAUCAAAGCUGCCCAUGUUGGAGUCGGCAUCAGCGGCCAGGAAGGGAUGCAGGCCACGCUCAGCAGUGACUUCAGCAUUUCCCAGUUCUGCUAUCUCCAGCGUCUGCUCUUGAUCCAUGGCCGCUGGUCAUAUAAUCGCAUGUGCAAGUUUCUUAACUACUUCUUUUACAAAAAUUUUGCCUUCACCCUGGUGCACUUCUGGUAUGCUUUCUUCAGUGGUUUCUCUGCACAGGCGGUUUAUGAUACCUGGUUCAUUACCUUCUACAACCUAAUCUACACCUCCCUCCCUGUCCUGGCCCUCAGUCUGUUUGAUCAGGAUGUGAAUGAAUCAUGGAGCCUCUAUUUCCCAGAGCUAUAUGAACCAGGCCAGGAAAACCUCUAUUUCAACAAGAAGGAAUUUGUGAAGUGUUUUAUGCAUGGGAUCUAUAGUUCUCUUGUACUGUUCUUUGUCCCCAUGGAGACCAUUUACAAUUCAGUGCGCAAUGAUGGGAAGGAAAUCUCUGAUUACCAGUCUUUUUCCAUGAUGGUACAGGUCUCCUUGCUCUAUGUGGUCACAAUGCAGAUUGCCCUGGAAACAAACUACUGGACGAUCAUAAGCCAUUUCUUCAUCUGGGGUAGCCUGUGCUUCUACUUCUGCAACAUAUUCUUCCUUUAUAGUGAUGAGUUGUGCCUAUUGUUCCCCAACAUCUUCCAGUUCCUAGGAGUAGCCAAGAACACGCUGAACCAGCCACAGAUGUGGCUGAGUGUUGCCCUCAGCGUGGCACUCUGUGUCUUGCCUGUGAUGGGCUACAAAUAUCUCAAAUCACUGUUCUGGCCCACCACUGUGGACAAGGUUUUAUCGAGAAUUCGUGAAUGCAUGGCCUGUCCACUACCAUCCCCAGUUCCAGCCAAGCUGAAAUGUAUCAACUAUCGACGUUCUGCCUACGCAUUCUCCCACAAGCAGGGCUUUGGGGCCCUCAUCACCUCUGGCAAGACCAUGAAGACCAAAUUAUCCUUAAAAAAAUAG